UCCAACAGCCCCAUGUGGUGGAUGCUGUACGACCACAACCCGUCCGGUGCCCCCAGUGGUGGUGAGAACCUCCAGACGGGGAAUUACCAGAAGUUUGCCGUAUAUUUGGCUACUGUUGCAAAAUACGCGGCCGACCACUGGAACCUCCAUUUCGUGUCAGUCGAGCCCUUCAAUGAGGCCUCAUCUAUGGGAUGGACAUCCGAUGGCAGUCAAGAGGGCUGUCAUAUCGGUUCAGAAGCGCAACAAAAAGUUAUAAUAUAUUUGAGGGAAGAGUUGGAUAAACGAGGACUCAAUCAGACAAUGGUUUCGGCGUCCGAUGAGAACACAUACGACGGCGCCCUUAAAAUGUGGACCAGUUUUCCUGAUAAUGUGAGGGCUAGUGUGGGUCGGGUCAAUGUGCACGGGUACUCAUAUUUUUAUGGAGCUCGAGACAAGUUGUACGAUGCCGUCCAUAAACAGGGUAAACCCCUUUGGAAUUCAGAGUAUGGAGAGGGAGACGCCACUGGACUACCAAUGGCUGAGAAUCUAAGUCUGGACUUGUUUUGGUUACACCCGACGGCUUGGACCUAUUGGCAACCCUUUGAUAUCCCGGGAUGGGGUAUGAUUGAGUCUGAUCUAGGAAAGGGAACGACAGCCGCAGUGGCAUCCAAAUACUACGUUAUGGCCCAGUAUUCAAGGCAUAUACGGAAAGGGAUGCAAAUAAUAGGCAGUGAAAAGGCGGAGACUGUGGCCGCUUAUGACGAGAAGAAUAAGCGCUUAGUAAUAGUGACCAGAAAUUUGGAUAAAUCCCAGAAUAUUACAUACGAUUUGUCACAAUUCGGUCGCAUUACUGAUGGCACUGUUAGC